UAGAUAAUACAAAAUGUCCCAAAGUAUCGUCACAGCUUACCAGAAUAAGUAUGAGGAUGAUAAUGAAGAUAGCGAGGACUCUGAAAUUCAGAUAGUCUUUGUGAAGAGGAAAAACCACAAACUAUGCAAUCUCAUCCUAGACAAUUGCUUUAUUUCUGAAACUGGCUGUAUUGAUAAGGUGGCGGACAUCUGCAGCAGAGUUACGGAAUGCGACCUGGCUCAUAACAAUAUCUCUGAUUGGAAUGAGGUAUUCAGACUACUGGAUGUUGGUAAACACAUAAAGUUUCUAAAUCUAAGUAACAACAAGUUGGGACGAUGUGAACAAAUACCUGAGAAUCAGUAUCCUUGUCUGCAGUGUUUAGCGCUAAGUGGUAAUGAUAAUCAUUGGGAUAAUCUGCUUUCUUUGCUCCCUUCAUUUCCAUCCCUGUCUCACUUGAACAUUGGACACAGCAACAUUACAAGCAUGCCCUGUCCUGCAGACAUACAAUUUCCUAACCUAACUGAGCUCAACCUCAUCGAAAACAGCAUCUCUUGCUUUGAUGAUGUAUCUGAACUCGCCACUACAUUCGUCAAUUUGCACACUCUGGUUUUGAGCGAUAAUCCUGUCAGUUCGUUUGGAGAUAAUCAACAAGUUGUUGAGAGAUUUGAGAAGUUAUCGAAGCUUCACGUGAAUAACAUAACAAUAAACUCGUGGGAUGAAGUAUCCAAGUUGAGAUGGUUCCCGGCCCUCUCAGAUGUCAGAAUGGUUCACUGGGAUCUGUUUGGGGACAUGAAUGAAGAAGACAGACGGAAGAUGUUAGGAGCGUUACUUCCAAAAACUCACCUCAUCAACGGAGCUAUAAUUCCAGACAGAGAAGCUGCAGAACGUUGGUACAUGAGGAGGUGCCAGGCUGGGAACAUUGAAACUAGCAGGUACAAGGAACUAUAUGAGAAGUACGGAGAACUACCUGCAAUAGGGGACAUAAAACUAGGGGGAACAGACGAGACAAUAACCCUGAAACUAUGUGUACCCGAGAAGGGAGUUGAGAUGGAGAAGUCCUUUAGUAUCUACGAUACGUUAAAAACUAUCAAAACACUAAUAAAGACUGACUGCAAGUUGACGGGAAAAAUACGUCUUGAGAAGGAGGGCGAGGAUAUCGCUAAAUAUGAUUACACGAUUAUACAUAGAUCUGACCUAAAGGAUGGAGAUAAACUGAUAGCCCAUUCUCGAAAGUAUCUCUUAUCCCUCCUUGAUUCCUAGCAAAACACAGCUAUAAAACUGUAAUGACUGGCCUGGAGAAGCAGCUAAAAGAGUACCUCUCCCUCAACAUCUUCCUUCACAAAACAUCAGACAACACCGUCUACACAGAAUCCCGCAUGAAGACGUCCUCACAUAACUACGUGGUAUCGGACACGGAAGCAAAACCAGGAGAAGUGAGGAUAAAGCAGUACUGGCAGAUGUUGUACCAAGUGAUUAACGGUGUGCUGCCAGUUGUGAAGCCGGAGGAAGGGGACUCGUUAGUUUUUAGAAUUGCUGCUAGGUUCGAGUGUAGAAGCUCGGUGGGGGCAACUUACAAAGAAGAUCAUGCUAUGGGUAGACUGAAAUAAUUGUAAUAAUAUGAAAUUUUGCGGGUGAAGAAGUUUUCGAAGGAGAAAAGAUUAAGAAAAUUGAUCUUGCUUAUUUUGAACUAUGUUAAGUUUUAAAAACUUAAUACGUUGCCAGUUGCCAGUUACUUACUUAGUGGUCAAUUUUUCAAUGAGACAGGUUGUUGUAAUAUUUUAUUCUCUCAUGCAAUGCCUGGUAUGAUUUGUUUAAUUGUGCUUUAUAAUUUAUGUUAGAUAUGUAAUUAAUUAUGUGCGCGGUAUUCCAGAAUGUUCGUUUUAUAUUACUUAAUUGAUUGUUCUUAAGACAUCGAUUUUUUUUUCUGGCACUCUCGCCUUUUUGGCACCUUCGAGCUCUUUAUGUUGAUCUACUACCGAGAGGGGCAAGAUACUAUACAUUUUGUCGGCUAAUAACUGUUGGUAACUCCACCAAAUGUCCAGUGAAUAUUUUAAUGAGGAAUGUCUGCAAUAAAAAUAAAGUUACUUUGGGGAAAUUCAUUUGCGACAUACUAGGUCGUUAUGAUCAUAUUUUAAUUUUUAUAGAAUAAGCUCGAUUGAGUUAUUGAAUGAUUGGGCAAUGUGCAUUCAUGAUAUUUAUAAUAACGAAUUGAUUACAAAAAGCUUAAUUUUGAUAAAUUUAGAUUUUCUAUGUAUUUUCAAAAUGUAUAUUUAAUUAUAGAAUUAGUUUACAAAAUAUUCCAGUUUUCAUUUUAUC